CAGUCGCGCGGUCCGACUUCAUAGCGCAGUUGCCUUUGCGGGGAUGAUCGACUCGGCAGAACAGUGCUCCCGUCAUCCGGAGCGCCGCCUUCUCGGGCGGCUGUAGCGACCUUCACACCCAGGUCUUCCGCUCGCUGACCCAGGCAGCGGCGACACCACAAACCCGUUCGCACUCAACAACACCAUCAAAGCAUGUGGGGCCAGGCCGCACUACCGCUUGCGCUGCUGCUUGUCACGCCGCACGAUCCUUCUGUCUUGACCAGCAGCUCCUGUCUCUCCGAGUCGUAUCGAGGGUUAUUCGGUGGCAACAACGUCUUCGUUGUCGAUGAUGCCUGCCUCAGUUCCUCGACCGGGCUUCUGGGCGAAGGAUCGGUAAGCCCUUUGGACAAUACCGGUCGCCAGCUUGUCUGGCUGGAGCAAGAGGCCGUAGAGGACGCGUUGAAGUCAUCCGCCACGAAUGACAUCGCCAGCUGCAUUUCGGCAUUGUCUGGCGUUCCCCUCAGUACGCAAGAUGGCGAGCAGAUGGUCAUGCCCGGGUCCAUGUCCACCAUCGUCGUUCUCGCCGAGACACCAUCCUCAAUGGUUGUCUCCGUCGCGCCGGAGGUCGCACACACGCUCGACACUUGCCUCCCCCGCUUCUGGAAGUCGUCCCCUAUCCCGACCAAGCCCGUUCCAUACGUUCCGAUCUCAUCUGCAGCGACGCAGCGCGUGAUGGACAUCGCUGCAUCCGUCAAAUUUGAUCCUGUAGUCGCAUCCAUCGUCGGGAACAUCUCCGUCCCCCAGUUGCGCAAGGAUGUGCGCUAUCUGAGCGGCGAGGAUCCCUCCUCGGGCAUUCUCUCGAGACACGCAUUCUCCAAGGGCGCACUUCAAGCCGCGGCCUGGCUGAAGGAGCAGUUCGAGAGCACCGGCGCGUCGUGCGAGCUUAAGCCCUUCCUCCGUGGCUUCUCGCCUAACGUCGUCUGCACGUACGCGGCCACGGAGGAUACGACCGAGACGCUGCUCCUGAGCGCGCACUACGACAGCCGCGGCUCGUUCGGAAGCACCCGUGCGCCAGGCGGAGACGAUGACGGCUCCGGCGUUGGCGCGCUCCUCGGCAUCGCACACACCAUCGCGCGCAAGGGCGUGACCUUCCGCAAGAACAUCCAGCUCGUCGCGUUCUCGGGCGAGGAACAGGGCCUCUACGGCUCGAAGGCAUACGCUCGCGAGAUGUAUGAGCUCGGCGCGAACUUGACGCUCAUGGUCCAGGCUGACAUGUUGGGCUACCACGUACCCGGCGAGCCAGCGCAGCUCGGUCAGCCUGAGAGCAUUGGUAGCGCGGCGGUCAUGCAACUGAUUUCCAACAUCUCGGCGAUCUACAGUCCCGAGCUUGUGGUUGGCACGACCCCAGCUUGCUGCAGCGACCACCAGAGCUUCCACGAACUAGGGUUCCCGGCGUCGCACGUGUUCGAACGCGCCGGACCUAUUGCUGACCCCAUGUAUCACAAUAGUGGCGAUCUGAGCGACCGCGAGGGCUACGACUUCGAGCAGAUUCGCUCAAUAGCGAAGGUUCAGUUCGCCACCCUCCUCCACGCGGCUGGCUUCGACCUGCCGGAGUAGAGGCAUGCUGGCUUGUAUCGUUCUAGAUAUCCACAUUUGUAGAUCUAUUUGAUUCCAAUGUCUCCUGAGCGAUAAAGGUAGACCAGCGCAAGUCUUGCUUCAACAUCUUGGAGGGCUCUCGUACAAUCGACAUUGCCUCUUCAACUUCCGUUUCUUCUCGUCUUGGUUCAGGCCCGUGGCAAGAAUAACACCAGCGCGUACCUGUAUCAAUAUCUCAGCAAUUGGAUUGUGUUGCGCCAAAGAUG